CAACACGCUGAUUUCACCGUAACACGACGAUACAAAUCGCAUAAACACACAUACGGUGAUCAGCAAUGCUGCUUUAAACGCCCCUGCGGCUGAUUUACCCGAAUACAGCCGUUAAUUCUUCAUAUAUAUUUAAUUUAACGGUUGACUGACAAAACCGAGUCAGAGGUGCCGGUACCGGUCCCGGUCCGUUUCUCCGUUAAAAUGCCGAGCAAAAAGAAGAAAUAUAACGCCAGAUUCCCUCCGGCCAGAAUUAAGAAGAUUAUGCAGACAGAUGAAGAAAUCGGUAAAGUCGCCGCUGCAGUUCCUGUCAUCAUCUCGCGGGCACUGGAGCUCUUCCUGGAAUCUCUCCUGACGAAGGCCUGUCACAUCACCCAGUCACGCAACGCCAAAACCAUGACGACAUCACACUUAAAGCAAUGCAUUGAACUGGAGCAGCAGUUUGAUUUCCUGAAGGAUCUAGUGGCCGCGGUGCCUGACAUGCAGGGUGACGGCGAGGAGAACCAUACAGAGGGUGGAGAGAAAAUCUCACGCAGAGGCCGUAAGCCGGGCUCAGGGCGCAAGAACGGUGGUGCGGGGGCGAAGGGCAAAGACAAGAAACUCUCAGGCACAGAGUCAGAACAAGAGGAUGAUUCAGAGGACAGUGAGACAGAUGGAGAAGAUGACGAGGAAGUGUCUCAAUCCAGCACAAACAUGCAGCCUACUGCAUACUACAACAGUCAAGACAUGCCACCCCAGUACAUGCCCAUGAGUGGCCAGCAGGGCGGGCACAUGAUGCCCAUGGCUUCAUUCGCCCCCCACCCAUCACUGAUGGGUAUGGUCCCGCCAACCCCCGCGCCCAUGCCACAGAAGAACGAAGACGACGAAGACUACGACUCAUAGCUCCUCGACUCUUUUACAUUCAUUUUCUGAAGUUCUUCAUUGGCUGCGAAUUGUAAACGGGACAAACGAACAGUCAUAAAUAGCUGCGAGAAGUGUGUAGGAAUCAUGCAGCCACGUCACAGGAAGAUGAAUUGGUUCUGUUUUAAUUAUUUUUUUUUUUUAUCUUAUUUUAUUGUCAAUGAUCAGCUAUGGUUGUUUUACAUAAAAAGUCGGCUUUUUUUCAGGAAAAGGACCCCUAAGUGGCAUUUCUGCACUUAGGUUUUUUUUUUUUUUUUGCCUUUGCCUUUGCCUCCGCAAAGCGCCGUUUCUAAUCGCCCGCGUUAUGUCUUCAAUGUUUUUUAGAGCAUAUCACCAACUCUAAAUACAAUUCUUCUACAAAAAAGAAAAGCUAACCUGAAAAGCAAGGACACUGAGUAAUUUUGAGAAUUUAUUUUCUUUCGUGUUUGCAGAAAAUGCUUCAGAUCUGGUCGUUCGGAUCAUUGUUGCUGUUGGUGUAUCCUUGAAUUGUUUUGUAAGCGAUAGGGAGCAGCAUAAAGACUGCAAACAGUUAUUUUGGUUUUGUGAAAAAAAAUGUUUUGUCCUUUUUAAUGCUAGUUUUAUAUGAUUAAACUCCAGUAAACCUGUCUAAAGCUAAUGUCUCUUGAUCGGCACUUUCAUGCAGUUUUUACAAGGCACAAAACAGUUUUCUUUUUCUCUCUCCUGUUAAUUGGAUGAUAAUGUCUUGUUUUAUUGGAAGUAGCAUCAGUUCAUACCGCUGGGUCGUGGGUGAGCAUUUUAAAGGUUUAAAACGCAUUUGCUUUUGAGUCAUAAUUUCCCCUGUAUGAUGCACAUUUGUAUAAAUUAUUCCCUUUUGUUUUAUAUUUUUUAAACUCUUUUAAUGUUUGCUGUGAAGUUGAAGAGAAGUUUGACAGCUCGAUUUGUCUUGUCUAAAUGUGUACACUGAGACUGUCUGUUCACUUUUAACAUUCUCUUGAUUUUGUAUGAGUGAAAUAAAAUUUGAGGUUUCAGUAUUUUGCUCCUUUUAAUGUGAUUUUGCUCACGAGAGAUUGUGACGAAGUCAGAUUGUCAACAUUAAAACGAUCAGUUUUUAGGCCCAAAACGUACUUCAGGAUCUAGAUUGUACAUCGAGUGGUGACCCAACACACUACUAAAACUGUAUAUUGUACAAAAGUAAUCAAAACUCUAUGAAAAAUGUAUUAUUGAUUCAGUAUUUGAGGAUGAGUUCAUGUCACACAAACUGUCCAUGUUGAAAUCUAAUUUGACGAGCUUCAACACACGACCUUUGACAUCAACAAAAUAUAUGGGACGUGUUUUCUCCUCCCUGUUGAAAAGUUGAUCAUUCUAUUUCUUUUGCUAUUCAAACUAUACAUGAUUAUAUGCAAAAUGUUAGCACACUGUUACUCCCAAAAAAGUCUGAUGAAGAGCAUGUAGCUCGAAACGUCACUUUAUUUCUGUGGUGAGCUCAUUCAAUUUAUUGGGAGCAACAGUGUGCUGACAUUCCCGGAGUUUUUGCGGACGUAAGUUUUGGUCAUACACCUGUAUUCAUUAUAUUGUUUGGAUGUGCAUGCUUUCUGUGACUUUUUAUAUGCAAAAUGUCCCUGAGUUUGAACAUUUUCUUGACACGUUCACAUUAUAUAUGAACUUGUUUAUAUAUAUGCAUUUGGAAUGACGAGUAGAAGGAAGAGAAUAAACUGAUCAA